UGUUUUGGAAAGCAGGCGAUUUUCUCACCGUUGGAUCGUACGUUGAUAUCGGUGAAAUUUGGUCGUGGGCUUUUCCUCUCUCUCUUGGGUCGGACAGCCAUUUGCAUCUCCUUCUCUCGUCACCCUCUCCCAUUCUCCCGUCCCAGCCUCUCAUCUGCAGCACGAUGCCGCCCCCGCCCCUGCUGCGGGCUCGUCGCCGCAGCCCCUCCUACACCCUUGCGCCAUCCCCAGCCCCUUAUACUAUGUUGCGCCGCCACGCGCUUGCCGCCGCCGCCCCUGCUGCGACUAGCUGCGCCCCUCCUGCUCCUCCUGUACGCCUCUCCGGCCUCCGCCGUCGACGCCCUUGCUGCUACCCUGCCGCCGAGCACUCGAGGCUUCUCUGCCCCUCCUGCUCCCCCGCAGCCGAGCACUCGAGGCUUCGAUGCGAGUUUAUAGGGGGCAGCGAUGUUCGAUCUGACCGGAAUGAUUGUAGUGUGCAUUCAGACUCUGAUUACUGUCCUUUUGGGGAUGAGGGUGAACAGGCUGCUGCUAAUGCGGGCGGACCCGCGGCCUGUGAUUUUGAUGGUUAUUCAUCCGAAGAUUAUUCAGAGACCGACUUGAUCAUUGACAAUAUUAGCGAUCUGGGAAAAGGAUCUCAUGGCCAAUCUGAAGGCCCGCUGCAAGUUGUCGAUUUAGAUGGCCUCAAUAACCAAGAGAACAUCAACGUUUGUCCCUUUAUUCAUUACGUUCUCUGUUCAAGUUGCUAUGUUUUUUUCCAAAUUAAGUUGAUGUCUUCUAUUGAACUGCAAUUGUUCAUUCGUCAAAUUGCAAUUGCACUGCCACUUAAAUUAAAUUGCACCCCUUUCUAAAAUAUAUUGCAUUACAUCUACUGUUGUAAUUAACAAUCUUGUUGAAAGCAAAAUCUGAUCCCUUGCACCUUUCUUAUCAUUUUUCUCAUUAUCAGAUGUUUUCUGCAGACAGAGGCCCAGGGCCUUCCCUUCUUUUCAGAAAAAAGAUGUUUUCUGCGAAUCUCACCUUUUGUAUUCAUAAGUGAAAGGCAAAAGCAAUGUGGAUGGAAUUGCACUGCAUUUAAAUUUCAGCUGCAUUGUUCAUACUUCAGUAAUUAGAAGUUUUGCAGAGUGGAAUUGCAAAUGAUUUAGCUUAAGUUAUUUUUCUCUACUUUUGUUUUGUCGGUAGGUCCUUAAGUAGAGUUAGAAAGUUGAAUGUCACAAAGUUUAUGUGUUCUGAUAUUCAAAUUUUAUUCUUUAGAAUCUGAAACUUAUGAAAAUAAGAUAUGAAACUUUGAUCUAGCUGUUUUAUUGUGGAUGGAAAAUAUCAUUAUUGCAAUUGCAUAAGGUUUCUGUUUCAAUUGCACUAUGCUUAAUUUUGCAAUUGCAUGUACUAAUGUCCUUGUUCCAAUUGUACUUGUACAAAAUUUGAAUUCUGCUAUCGAUCUGCUAUAUGGGAUUGUUUUCUUUAAGAUUUUUAUGAUCGCUACCCUUUUCAAUCUGUUCUUGUGGCUGUUACAUGUUGGCAUAUUUGGGAGGCUCGUAAGGAGGACAAGAAUUCUAUUUCUCUAACUUGCCGUACAGCUACAGUGUGAAAAAAUCAGUCUUAUGAGGAGAUGAUUCAAGAGCAUGUUUUGAAGCCUUGUCAGUCACCAAGGUGUGCAGUUCCAAGAGUUGUUCAGAUGUGGACUCCACAGCUGGCUGGUAAGGUUUUCUUUAAUGUUGAUGUUGUAGUCUUCUCCGCCAACUCGAGUUCGGACAUUGGUGUAAUGGUACGAGAACAUCUGGGACACAGACUCAUGCCAUGCCGUCAGUCUUUUCAAGAUUCUACCUCAGCAGAAUUAGCUGAAGCACAGGCUCUUCGAUGUGCUACGGUUCUAGCUCGAGAAGAGAAUUUCCACAAUAUUCUGGUGCAGAUUAUCUGUUCCUAGUUUGGAAGGUAAAUGCUCCGGGUAGAGAUUGUUCUUCCAUUGGUCCUAUUGUUGCUGACAUUAAAUUUCUAGUGCUAUGUGUAUUUUCUGUUUCUUUUGUUCAUGUAAGCCGUUGUGCUAAUGAGGUGGCUCAUAUGUUGGCUGACUCGAGUGACUUCGCUGCUUAUUCUGUCUUUUGGCACUGCGUCCCUGGUUGCAUCCAGGAUGUUGUAAACAGUGAAUGCUUCUCUAUUUGAAUAAAUGAGCCAGCCUUCUCUCUCUC